GCGCUUCAGUGAGAAGCAAACGCCAAGAGCAGCAUUGCGGUUUUGUUUCGACGUUUCAAAGACAACUAUCGGAGUUGUCACCAUGGGUCCUCUGUUGCUGAAGCACCUGGCUACCUCUCUGACUCAACAAGUGACCAAGAUAAGCUGCAUGAAUCCCAGCCUCUUCACAUCAGCAGCAGGUGCCUACAGAUGUUUAUGGACUGUUGCUGCUGCCCCUCGCUCAAUGCUUCUAUCAGCAGCCAGAAUCAGAUCUGGGCCUCUUCCCUCAUCUAUCCUCCCGAUUCAGGAUGGACCGUCCCGUUUGGGUCAGUGGCAGCAGCAUCUUCCCUGCAUCCAGCCCUCUGUGGGGAUGAAAACCAAGUCAGCCCUGAAAAAGCGCUGCAAAGACUGUUUCUUUGUCCGAAGGAGGGGGCGCUUGUUUGUGUUCUGCAAGACAAACCCGAGACAUAAGCAGAGGCAGGGCUAAACUUUAGAGAGUGCGUAAAAAUAUUGGAAGUAUUUACCAAAACUCUGCUGUCAUAAUAAAUUGCUUGAAAUUGUU